UGUUUUUCGGUCGAGAUAUAAAUUAACCGCUUUGUGGUUUAAUUAUUACAAUAACAAAUACAAAUUAUCAUAAUUUCCAGCUGUCUGUUACUGCACAUGCGCACUACGUUCAAGGGCGUAAUCAAAUUCAUUCAUCAUGGCCGAUUGGAUUCGAUAUUUCGAAUCUGAAAUCCCUCCUACAAAUUUGGAGGAAACUCGAAAGACCCUGUAUGGAUUUACAGCCAGUCAUAUACAAGGUGCAAGAAAUGUUGUUUUUAUCACGGUAAGGCCGACAUAAUAUCGACGUUUGCUGCAUUUUAAAGUGAUGUAUGCGUUACAUUCCAUGCAUACUCAAAACAAAAUAGUGUAUAAUUUUGCAUGUAUUUUGCUAAAACAUUUUAAAUUUAUUUUAUGCAAGUCCAAAUUAUACAAUCCUUUGUAUUGCUUUUGUGGCGGAUAUCAACUACGAGCGAAAACCGAUUUCGAAAAGAUGGAAAUGGCAUGAAACUUUGCUUUAUCAUUGUUGUGUCUCUAUGAUGACCUUUUGCUCAUGUCUCAUGAUAUGUGCACUUUCAAAAUUAAAUCUAAUGUAUUCGCAGCGUUCGCUGUCUUUAUACCGAAUUAUUUAUUAACAAAGCUCUCGGUGAAAUCUGUUUUAUUUAUAACUACUAUUUGCCAAGUUUAAAAUAGUGUUUCUUUAUAUAAAAUAUGAGUGUUCAAUAUUAAUGUAUUAAAUUAUAUUUGUCACAUAAAUAUCACAGAUGUAUACAAAAUAUAAAUAUGACACUGCCUCCUUCAGGAAAUUUUUGACCUCAGAUAAAUGGAUUGCAUUCUAGAUAGGACCAGAUAGUGAACUAAUGGUUGAUGAUUCUGUGGAUGAGGGAGGGUAGCAAGGUGGUACCGGGUAUUACAAAAUACAUGGCGAUUCAAAUAUUCACCGGUUGGCGGGUGGGGAGGGUUUGACGUUCCAUUUUUACAGAAGAAAAGGGUGUUGCUCCACUUAUUCUCUCCCUUCGAGGUGUAACUAAGUUCAGAAAAUUUAAAGUCAACUGAAUUAACAUGCGAUCACUCAGUGAACGAAUAGCAAGAGCAUAUAGAGUAAUAGCACAUGACCUAAGCACAACAGUUCUUUGGAGGGUAUAGCUCUGUUGGAGGGGAUGCACGCUACAUUUAGCAAGGCUGUAACCAUGAACUGAAGUCAAUUUGGCUGUCAAAUAGGUACUCAAGCUACCGACCAACGACUAUCCCGGCUUGGCAAAUCCCAAUGAUGCCGAGAAUUCACCUCUCCAAAGACAGAACUAUUGUCACACAAAGUGGAAACCGGAAUACAAAGACAAACAAAAAACACACAAAUACUUACCCAAGUGACGGAACAUACAACACCAAACAAUAAAUAAUACUCCCAGACAAAGCAAAGAUAACAAUACCAUAGCUGAAAAGAAUGAAAAGCUCUGCAACGCAGUACAUGACUACAAAAAAGCAGAUUAGUGUUAAAACCAAUUUGAGUAACAAGAGGAAUAAUCAUCCAGAAUAGCUGGAGGUAUGCUCGAGAGUUGGCGCAGCAAGUAAGCACAACGAAAAAAUAUCCAACAGGACAACAGUUGACAUAAUCGACAGCGCACCCCCCAAAACACAAGACGUAACAACAUAAAAUGCAAUUAUCACGUGUAGACUACGAGAACAAAGAAAAGUUACUGAACACAAUAACCUACCCAGGGGUGCGCCUUGAUUGUCAGCCAAAACAAUUACAGUACUCCAAUUAACGAUACAGGCACCUCUGGUCAGCAGCGACCAGGAAACGCUGAUACUACCCACACCUCCGCUGGUUUGCAAUAACUGAAAGCAUAGAAUGUAAAGCAACCCAUAGAAGCCAAAAUAAGCACGCAGACACUCUGUCACUCCCAGCAAGUGGGUUAGCACCAGCAGCAUCCCCCAAGAAACCCAGUGCGGACAAAGGGGCUGGGUGGGUGGGGAUGUUGUGAACUUGAAAGUCUGCAAGCAAUGAGCUAUACCUGUGAGCUCCACGGCUUAAAUAAUCUCAGUAAAACUGCAUAAUAACUAAUAUGAAUAUAUAAUUAAUAUAUACUUAAACAACACACACACAUUCGUUCUUGAAGUUAAUUACUUUUAUUGCAUAAAACCCAUAACUACCCACACCUCCACUGGUUUGCAAUAACUGAAAGCAUAGAAUGUAAAGCAACCCAUAGAAGCCAAAAUAAGCAGGCAGACGCUCCCAAGCGGGUUAGCACUGCACCAGCACCCCCCCCCCCCCCAAGAAAACCAGUGCAGACAAAGGGGCUGGGUGGGUGGGGAUGUUGUGAACUUGAAAGUCUGCAAGCAAUGAGCUAUACCUGUGAGCUCCACGGCUUAAAUAAUAUCUGUAAACCUGCAUAAUAACUAAUAUGAAUAUAUAUUAAUUAAUAUAUACAUAAACAACACGCACACACUCGUUCUUGAAGUUAAUUAUUUUUAUUGCAUAAAAUCAUUUUUUCAAUAUUCUCUAACAGGUAAAAUAAGAUUAAAUUUAAUUAAAAUUCUUGAUUGUAAAGUACUAUUAGGAAAACCAACUGAAGUGCUUGAUAAACAGGGUUCUCCUUAUCAGGCGGUAACCGGUAAAAUUUACUGUUUCCACGAGCACUGAUUACUGCCUGGUUCCCACGAGCACUGAUUACCGCCUUUGUUAAGAAAUAAUUAGUAAUACGGUGUGAGAAAAUCUAUUAAUCAAUCAAUCAAGUAUUGCUGAAAUUCCACACUAUUAAUUAUUUAGCAUCGAUGCAGAUUGAAUACAGAAAUAUCCUAUAAACCCGAUCUGUGAAGAAAAUUUUUUGGCAGAAUGAUUAUAUUAUCAAUCCAGCGUGGGCCUGGGGACUGAGUAAUUAAAUCAGUGUGUGUUUAGAAUACAGUAUAAUCUUUAGUAUUCUAUAAAAGUUUAAAUCUCUCAAAAUGCAGGAAAUGCCAUUUGAGAUUUCAAAAAUUUCCGUUGGUAUCCCCCAUACCCCCUAGAGGUUUGUAAGUACGACUUGAUGCUUAUACCUGUUGAAAAACCUGUUUUACCUGUCCCACUCACAACUUUGGAGAACCCUGGAUAAAGAUGCUAUAUAAAACCAACAGUCCAUUAUUACUUUCAUAUUUUCACCAACAGUCCAAUAUUACCCCCAAACCCUCACAAGGUAUGCCCCUGAUCAUAGAAGCAUGGGUGGACACUAGAAGGAGGUAGCUAGCUAAUGGAGGGUGGAGAGCGAGUGCACCCAUCAAUAAUUUUUUAAAGCCAUUGAAUAAUUGCUGAAUAACAGACUGUGUAACAAAGCUGUGAUCAUGAUUAUUGUUAAUGUGAAUAUUGUUAUUGUGAUGUGUAUGCAAAUGAUAUUGAGGAUCUGAAAUCAGGUCAGCAUAUUAAUGGUAAAGCGAUUCAGUUAUUGGCAGAAUCCAUUUCUUAUAUUACCUCUGUAAUACCCAGCUCCAGGGAAAUUCAGCGGAGGAAAAUAGUGAUUGUAAGGAAGUUAUUACAGAAAAACCAACAGCUAAAACGACCAAACACAUUGAUUAUGUAAAUUCUGAUACUACUGAAAGCCCUAUUGUCAUGGAAGAAUUGGUUCAUUCAAGUGAAAACAAUAGAGAUGAUUGCAAUUCUUCGAUAAACGGAAAAGCUAUAGCUGCAACACCUGAAGUGAUUAAGUUGGCCCCUGUUAGCCAAUUCUUCUGACGGUUUCAUUGGAGUGGAUUGAAAACGACAAAAACAUAAAAAGUUUUCUUAUCCGGAAUUGCCGAAAGUGUGAAAGAAGGUCAGAUAUAUAUACCUUACUAAACAAGGAAUAAUCCCAACCAAUAUCACUAUUUUUCGACUACUUGCCAAAGGCUUGAUACAAAAUCUCUCCCAAAUGUCACUUAUGCUAGUGAAUGCAAGAUCAAUAUAUAAUAAGUUACUGUAAAUGAAUUGGAACUUCUUGUUGACAAUAAUAGCAGUGACAUUGUCUGUUUAACGGAGACAUGGUUAACGGAUAAUAUACCUGAUGAGGCAAUUAAUCGCAUCGGUAUGAAUCUCAUUAGAUUUGACACAAAGUGUAGAACAGGUGGGGGAGUUGCCUUAUUAAUUAAUAAUAAAAUUUAGUAAAAUUCCAUUCAAGAUUCGUGACCACCUGACAGAUCCCUCAUUUGAAAGCCUUUGGGUAACUAUAAGACCAAAGUGGCUGCCAAGAGUACUUACUUCCUAGCCAAAGUGAUAUAUGGAUUCAUUUUACGAUAAUACAACUGCUAUGACAAACUUUGUCGGGAAAGCCCAAAUUCGGGUUUUAUCGUUGCAGGAGAUUUAAUCCGAUAAGUACUGAAUUUCAAAGUAAACGGUUAAAGAUUCAUUGUAACUUUAAUCAAAUUGUAAAGAAACCUACUAGAAAACAUAACAUCUUGGGCUUGAUUUUUACUAAUAUUACUCAGUUUUAUCUACGUCCUGAUACAUUAGCGCCAUUGUCUACGUCUGACCAUAAUGUGGUAAUAUGCAUGGAAAUAAAAAAAUUCAUACCAGGAUAUAGAGAAGGGAAAAUAAUAAAAGUUAAAGUUAGGGAAAUUAAACCAACUAAUAUUAAUGGUUUUGGGUUUUUCCUGCAAAACCUCGAUUGGUGUCACGUUUUUGGCAAUAUUGGGAUUGACGAGAAUGUUCAUUCCUUUCUUGAAUGUACUAACUCAAUGAUCAAUCAGUUCUUUCCUGAAAAGACGAUAAAGAGGCAUAGUAAUGAUAAACCUUUUAUCACAAACAAGAUAAAAGUACUGAUUGCUAAAAGAAAUAGAGCUUUCAAAAGUCAUACAAUGGAACUCUUUAAUCAUUACGAAAUCAAGUCUCGAUAGAAAUAAGGAAAGCAAAGUUGUCCUUCUAUGACAAAAAAGUUCGACCUAAACAAAGUUCUUGCCCAAAAUAUUGGUGGAAGCAAAUUAAAAAACUCACUGGUAAGAAAAAGGAUACGGUGUCAUUAAUGAUUCGACUCAAUCAGUGGACUUGUUUUAGAUGACAAUCAGUCAGCUACUCUCAUCAAUGACUUCUUUGUUAACUUAACUAGCAACUUUCCACCAGUUAAAAAUGAGUCGUUUCAUUUGCAGUGCCCAGACAACUUCCCAGCCGUCGGUGUUGAAUAUGAGAUGUUCGAUUGAAUUAUAGAGAUCUUGAAAAUGUAUGCAUACUCGUUUGCAAUUCCCUUUGUGGACAUUUAUAACGAAUCAUUUAGAUCUAAAUAUUUUCCCGAGAUUUGGAAGCAGUACAAGGUAGUUGCAAUCCCAAACAUCGUACCAUAUACUAUAGCGGAAAACACUAGACCAAUCGCACUUACAAGUGUGUUAUCCAAAGUUCAGGAAUCGUUUGUUGUCAGAUGGAUCAAUGAAGACAUAAAUGGUAAAAUUUCAGAUUCCCAGUAUAGGGGUCUUCCUAGGUCGCCAACAGUUCGUGCUCUUUUAAAUUUACUUCAUGCAUGGUAAUAAAGCAAUGGACAUAUCGCGGAGAGUGAUACGCGUAUUUUCCUAGAUUUUAGGAAAGCAUUCGAUCCGAUUGAUCACAAUAUUUUACUUGAUAAUAUGAGAACGUUGAUGAAAUGGUUUGCUUCAUACUUAAAUAAUAGAUCCCACUUCACUAAAGUUGGCAAUGUUUAUGGACUACAAUGUAUGAGGCACUUGAUGUCACUGAUCAUGUCUCUGGUACAGAAAUUAGGAAUAAAACUAUUGAACGGGGACAUAUUUUAUAAUUUUAAAUGUAGAACUGAACGUUAUAAAAAUAGUCCAAUUGUAUAUAGAAUUAAGAGAUUUAAUCAAACUUUAGCUUAGAAGUAUUAGACUUGUUUGUUAAUCCUAAUUCAAAAACUCAUUAAUAAUUCAUGAAGAUUGCAAUUAUCCAAUCUUGAGUAAGAAAUUAGUCACGUGCAUACAUCUUUAUACCAGCUAAAGAACACUUUAACAAAAGACCAUUGUUAUGCAAACUAUAUAAAGAUUUUUAUAUAAAGAUUUUUAUAUAAAGAUUUUUUAUAUAAAGAUUUUUAUAUAAAGAUUUGACUUAAUAUGCAAAUGUUUUUGAAGUCAUUUAAAAAACUCGCCGGUCGUGUUUUAUUAGGUCUAAAGCCACUCGCGCUGCGCGCUCGUGGCUUUAAACCUAAUAAAACACUCCUGCUCGUUUUUUAAAUAGUACUUCAAAUUUUGUAAAUAGAGUAAUGUAAACUAAUUCAAUUUUGUUAACAAUUGUUGUAAUUCGCAUGAUAAUUUACCUACCCACAUUUCAAAUGUCUUAGUUGUUAUGUUAACGAAUAUAAUGGUUAAAGUGAAGGCUUAAGUUUGCAAAAGUACCAGGGGUGUUUGCACCAGUACCAGCUGAGUGGGUUGCACCUGCACCAGGGUGCGUUUGUGUGAAAAUUCAAAUAAAAGCAGUACCAGGGUGUGUUUGCACCAGUACCAGAGUGUUUUUGCACAAGUACCAGGGUGUUUUUGCACAAGUACCAGGGUGUCUUUGCACCAGUACCAGUGUGUCUUUGCACCAGAACCAGAGUGUUUUUGCACCAGUACCAGCUGAGUGCGUUUGCACCAGUACCGGAGUCUUUUUGCACCAGUACCAAGGUGUGUUUGCACCAGUACCAGGGUGUGUUUGCACCAGUACCAGGUUGUGUUUGCACCAGUACCAAGGUGUCUUUGCACCAGAACCAGUGUGUUUUUGCACCAGAACCAGAGUGUGUUUGCACCAGUACCAGGGUGUGUUUGCACCAGUACCAGGGUGUGUUUGCACCAGUACCAAGGUGUGUUUGCACCAGUACCAAGGUGUGUUUGCACCAGUACCAAGGUGUGUUUGCACCAGUACCAGGGUGUGUUUGCACCAGAACCAGAGUAUUUUUGCACCAGUACCAAGGUGUGUUUGCACCAAUACCAAGGUGUGUUUGCACCAGUACCAGGGUGUGUUUGCAUCAGUACCAGGGUGUGUUUGCACCAGUACCAGGGUUUGUUUGCACCAGUACCAGGGUUUGUUUGCACCAGGGUGCUUGUAUACUGUAUAAGCACCAUACACCUGUGGUAACAAUGGAUAAUUGUGACUUCUGUGUUGCUUUCAGCCGUUAUACAGCGUAUUGUGAACAAACAGUUAUUCUAAAUAUUUGUGUGCAAAUGAAAAAAUUAAUGUUAACUUUUUGUUUUCAGUCUGGAGGCACUACAGUUCCUUUAGAGACGAAUACAGUGAGGUUUAUUGAUAACUUUAGUUCUGGAGGGAGAGGUGCUGCUUCAGCAGAGUAUCCUUGAAAAGUCACGAAAAACAAGUGGUCAGACUGUUCUCUUUAUGUAUUAAUGUGGUUAAUCAAUCUCGUACCCAGAGUAUGCCCGUUCGCAGGUUAGGUGCUGGGCAUGACUCUGGAGAAACGGAAUACCGGAUAUCCAAUUUUGGAUAUCCGGUUAGUUGUGCGCAUGCUCACGCUCAAACCGCAACACUGAAUUCGCGCGGGCGUCAUUAGUUGCAAUUAUAAAUAAAAUCGUAGAAUUCAGUCGAAAAUUUGAUACUUUUUACAUUGAAAUCAAUUGAAAAAGAUUCAUUUUCUUGUGCUAAAAGUUACAGAGUAAAUAUAUAUGCGGUGUAUAUAAACCAAUCAUUUUUAUGGAUUUUAUACGGUCAAGAAAUGGUAUCGAGAGACUUCGCAAGAAGGCCACUGACAGAGGUUUUAUAGAGGAUCUAGAUUAUUACAAACUAUUAGAUGUUUUUAUAAUAUUAAAAUAUGUAGAAUGUUUUAUGGGCAAUUGUGGACCUGUUAGCCUAUUUUGUUUAUUACAAUCACAGUGAUACUUUAAUUGGUGCAUUGUAUUGAUAUUUAAAAUAAGCAUGAAUCAAAAUACUUCCUCUGUUAAUACUCUAGCUAUAUCAUUCCUUUGUUCUUUGAUUUAACAUUGUGCCAGUGCCGUAGCCAGAACGAUAAUUGGGGGGGGGGCACAUAUUCAUAUAUUCGUGUUCUGCUUUAUUAAUUUCUUUUGAAAUCAAUUGUUUUUAUGGUAUGUGAACACGAAUAUAUGAAUAUGUGCCCCCCCCCCCAAUUAUCGUUCUGGCUACGGCACUGCAUUGUACAUUGCAUUACAUUCAUACAAACAGUUCCAUGGUUAUAUCUAUUUAAUUUAUUUAUUAAUUGAGUCAUAAAAAAUUAUGUUGACAAUUAAUUAUGCUUGAAAAUAACUUAAUUAAAUGGAAUUAUGACAUAGUGUUUGAACUUUGAAAUGUUUUUGCUGAUAUAAUAUUAUCAUUUAUCAUAACUAUUGGGUUUAACCAUAGAUAUAGGAGACCUAUCUAUGGGUUUAACAAUUAACACAGACUGAUGUCAUCAGGUUGGGUGCCUGUCUGAAAGGUGGCAGGCAAGGCAGGGUGUUGCUAAAUUGCCUAUCCGAAUACUGGGGGCACUGAUUGGGAAAUCUGCCAUUAUUGGGGUUAUGAGGUAAGCUACAUUACCCUGACCUCCUGACAUUGCUUCAUAUCCCUGGGAGAUAAAUCAUAACUUACAUGUGCUGAUGUAUGCCUGCAACCGGUAUAUGGCCAAGUCAAGGUAACUAGCUACUAUUCCCAUUAAAUAUGUAUUGUACGUUAACUAUAUAAUGUUGCAGGCGGAAUGUAAGAUACAUGUGGGAUGACCUGCUACCACUAUGGCAUUGUCAUAGCCAGUGGUCUAGUAGGGGAGGGGUUCUGGGGGACUUAGGCCACCCCCCUCCACCAGUUUAGGACACUUUUGGAGAAAAGGGACAAAACUACCUGGGGGUGUGUGUGGAGGGGUGACACCCCCUGUCUCUAUCUCAUCGGGUAUACCCAUACAAUUUAGUCGGGCAAAUUUUGAAAAUAUUUGAGUGUCUCAGAUUGAAAAGUAAUAGUGGUAGGAAAAAGUGGUAGUGAAAAAUGCUCCCCACUCACCAACAAUUUUGGGAAAAGAAAUAUUAAUUGGCGAUUGAUCAAAUGUUCGUCCUUCAGGAAUGACUUUGGAAACAACCCUUUUGGUCAGGCAAAACAAGUUAACCUCACCCCCCCCCAGCCAUAAUACAGAAGUUUUGCCCCUGUUGGAGAGCCCCCCUUGUUAACAUUCCAGGACUACACCACUAGUCGUAGCCAUACUGACAUUGUUAGCAUAUAUAAUUUCAGCACAUCAAAUUGUAUGCUCUUACUCCAGUAGCAGAUACUUUUGGUGGGAAGGCAUUCGGUUGCCACAACAUGAACACCUUAUGGUUCUCUAAAUCUCAGUCCUUUAAAUUUUACCUCAAAAUUCUGGCAAUUUAUAGCUUAUUUUAUUCCCAACCUAUGCUUUCAUGGAUGCUGUAUCAUCCAAAGGCUUUCAGAAAUGGGAGAGUGGUUUGCACCCUACACUGCUGUCCUGUUUAUUUUCUGUUAAGCCCCAAGCUGGCCAAGCAGCUUAUUUAUUUCAGGCAUGGAGUCUAGAAACUAUAGCUUGUAAUCUCAAUUUGAGAGGAUGUGGAGGGCUUAAAUUAACAGUAGGUUUGUUAUAAAAUUCGAGAUAAAAUUAUUACUUUCAUCGAAUAUUCCACUACUAUAAUAUGGCCUUGAUGUAUUUGUAACAGAUCCAUAGCUCACAUAAUUUAAUACUUUCAUAUAUUUAUAAAGUUACAAGAAUAUUAUGGUAUACUCAAAAGUAGAGUCUUAUAUCCACACAAAAAUUCAAUGCUGGCGCCUUAUUUCCAAACGGCAAACACAGGUCCAGAACAAGCCAAAAUCCCAACACUGGCGAUCACUAGCGCAAUUGAAUUGAAGUAAAUAUUUUGUUACAUCAUAUCGGUAAUUUAUAUAUAAACAAACAAAAAGUAUUUGCCAUAAUACAAGAUACAAAAGUGUACAGAUCGUACGUAUAAAUCCUCAAUCAGAUUAAAUGUAACAAUUAACUUGUAUUUGAAAUCUUGCAAAUAAAUGCAAUUUCGACUUUGUUUACGUCGUAUUCGUGAAUUUCCACGUGUAAUUCCCGCACUUGAACACCAAUUUCCGGUAUCGGUGUUAUUGAUCUCACGCCAGCCAAUGAAAUUGAUAAUUUCAUCCCGUUUCUCCAGAGUCAUGCCCAGCACCUAACCUGCGAACGGGCAUACUCUGGGUACGAGAUUGGUGGUUAAUUAGAUUUGUUUUAACAAUAAUUACAUUGUGCAAUCUGAUCUGAAGGAGCUUAACAGCCAUCCCAUAGCAUGUUUUCGAAAUUCCUAAUGAAACAUAACUAGAUAGGAAAACGCAACCAUCUUAUAGUAUUAGCACAAGACAAACUAUGCACACAAAUUAGCAUGAUUAGGGUCCAAGGGUCCUGAAACAUUCCAAGCUAUCGUGGUUUUGUUGUGAAAAUCCAUUAAGGUUCAUUUUUGCAUUGCGCACUUUUACUGUGCAUAUGUAGUAACAAAUUCUAGCUAAUAUAUAUGUAGUCGAACUGCAAUGUGAAGUGAUAAAGAAAGAGUAAGGGCAAAGAGAAAAACACUCUGCAUUGAUUAGGCGUGCUUCAGGAAAUGUAUAAAAAUGACAGAACUCUGGCUAGGGCUGUCUGUGCAACUAACACUAUAAAACCACAGCGUGUUGCAUGUUUAACCCUUGUAUCUCUUUAAGAAGGUCCGUGACCCUACUUUUUAUUUUAUAUUUUUGUUCUUCUAUACGUUUUACAUGUCAUAACAGAAAAUGAGAGAAAAAUCAUUUCUACAAUUUAUACUAUUUUACAUUGUUUACACGAGCAAUUUUUUCUUUUCCCAUGCUCAUUCAGAAACUUCCAGCCUGAUCGUCCGUCUCUAUGAUAAAUGAGACAUUUAUCUCACUGAUGAAUACUGUAUAAGGUUCCUGCAGGAAAUAAUGUUUUUUUCCAGUUAAAUUAAAAUUAAAUUUGUAUUAAAUUAAAGUUCCUUAACACACUGCUUUAGAUAUUUUCUUUCCCAAGGGUAUGCAGUUAUAUUCGUUUAUCGACAAAAAUCUGCACUGCCAUUUCAAAGAUACUUUAUCACUCAAAAUCCACUAGAAUUUUUGAGUGUCAGUGACAAUGUUGAUAAUCCUCUGGCAAGAAGUAUUUCUGGUAAGUUUUCAAAAUGUAGAGGUUAUUCAGAGAGCUUGUAAGAAAUUGAAUCUGUUUGAAUCAGGUUAAAUUUUGUGUAAUAAUAAAAGAAUAUAACAAAGAACUUGUCAACUUUAGGCAAAAAUAGUAUAUUACAAAUGUUUCUGUUUUUGACGCUUAUAAAAUGCUACAAUUGUCAUAUCAGGUUUUAGUAAUUAAAAGUAGUUGACAGUAGUUUAAAUGUCGUUCUAAUCCUAUACAUUUAGACUCGUUAUCAUUAUUUGACUCGUGAAAAGUUCUGGAUUUGUUAAUUUCUUUCACUUUGUUUUCAUGUACAUAGUGGAUGAAUCGAAAGCACCUGGUCUAAAAGAAAUUCUUACCCAAUACAGAGAGGUAAAUGUAGUUAUUUACACCAUGUAACACGAGGCAAUGUUUACUGCAACUUGCCAAACAGUUUCUCUUAACUAUGUGGGAAUGUACCCAAAGGAAAUGGUGAGCAUGGCUCUUGUUCACUUCGCUCCAUUUCUACAUGUAUGUUGCUUGUUAGAAAAACAUCUGCAGAAAAGCACAGGGGAUGAUCUCUACUUACAUUAAUUUGUCGAGCACCACAUGAAGGAAAAUCCCUCACCUCAGAGUUGUCGUGGCCACUACGCUUGCCUUUCAAGCUGGGAGAUCCGGGUUCAAUUCUACUCAAGGUUUUAAAAUAAUCGAGGAGAAACUGCUAUCUUUGACAUCAGUAAAUGGUUAGACUUUCGCUUCUCUGAUAAGGACGUUAAAAUCCCCUAUACCUCGGACCCAUAUCAAUUCGGGAAUGGCCUGUUUGGAAAUCCGCUUACCAAGCAGUGAAAAAAACCAAAAAAGUGACAACCUACAAACCGCAUCUGACGUAGCAUCUGUUUCAGAAACUGUGUUUCAACUUGCAGGGAAAAGGUGCCUCGUUUAACCUUUCGUGUUUCAUUCUACUCUAUUAUAGGUGAAACGUAAUGGCACUUUGCUGCAGAUCGAGUUCACCACGCUAAGCAGUUACUUGUUCUUACUGCGCAUGUCUGCUGAAACGCUCUCUGCAUUUGGACAUCGAGUUAUGUUCUAUUUAGCUGCAGCUGUUUCGGAUUUUUAUAUUCCACGAGAAAACUUAGUAAGUUUAAUUAAUGUAAAUGUCCUGAAACACUUACUUACGUAACCACUCGGACCCAUAGAGGGGCAUAUGGCUGCAAUAAGCUUCCUCCACUUCUUACGAUAUUGGGCCAGGACAGAAGCUUGAUCCAUGAGAGGCCCAUUACUUUCUAUUCAGCCUCGUGUCCUGAAAUGAGGUCACAAUAACAUUGAUCCUCAAAUGUCCUGAAUAACGUCACAUUAACAUUACUUCACAGGUCUUAUGUUAAUAGAAUGUCAGCAAUGCUGUUGCUGCACAGUAGUGCUAAGGGACCGGUCAUUAUUUAUGGUGGGGGGUUUCACCGAAGAGAAAUGUUUUUCGUGGCAAAAAUUUUGCUGACCCAACCAUUAAAAAGUCAAAAAUUUGAUUACCCAACCUCAAAUAUCAAUUAAAAAAUAAAUACCCACCUCUGGCAAAAACGUUAUACAGACGGAUACCAUUCAGUUGUCACACAUGUCCUUUACUACUUCUGUGACAUGAGUUUGAUAACGGCUUGUGAAAUUUUCUGCAGUCUAAAGUUUCAUGUUGUCUGCACAUGUACUUCUGUGGAGACACCAUUUGUCUCCCAACAUAUCGGAAAAUGAUCAGGAUAGUGACUCCGAUUGAUUCACAUAUUGUAUUGACAUAUGACUGAGCUACUGUUGACAUUGCUUUUUAGUCUACAAUAUUUGGAAAUGACAAUAAAUUUUUAUUACCCAACCCUUUACUUACUCAAAAUUUCGAUUUACCCAACCUUAUUCUCUUCAGUGCCACCCCUCGCCAUAAAUAAUGACUGGUCCCUAAGUGAAACCCACUUAUUGUAGAACUUGUAAGUAAAACUUUUAUAUAAAGCGUUUAAAAUAAAUUAUUUUAGUCGACGCAUAAGAUACAGUCAAGUCAAGGACCUCUAGUGCUGAACUUGCAACAAACACCGAAGCUUUUACAACCGUUAGUUAAAGAUUGGUCACCUCAAGCUUUUGUUGUUUCAUUUAAACUGGAAACUGAUGUAAAUAUUAUCUCCAAGAAAGCGAGGGAAUCUCUUAAUAAGAACUCACAUCAGGUUGGUAAUGACUGACUAUUUCUUUUAUUACCGUGAUAUCAGAAGACAAACAUAUACAUGCAUGUUGAUGAAGACAAUCUUUAUUUCCUAGUGUUUUGUGUAAAUAUUACGAUUUCCAAUUUGCAAAUGUGUCUGUAUUUCAAUACAAUUUCACUUCUCUCGGCUAACUGCCGAUAGAGUGUAGAGAUUUAUCUUAAAAGUAUAAUAUUACAGGUCUACAGUAACUAGUAAAACUGUGUCUCCAGGUAGUAAUAUCAAACAUCCUCCAAACUCGUCGUAAAACAGUGGUGAUAGUGACAGCAAAUGAAGAGAAUGCCAUAUGGAUGUCGGACAGUGAGCUAGAACAGGGAAAAGAUAUUGAAGAAAAGAUUGUUGCUGACUUAGUGAAGAAACACAGCGAGUUUAUCAGAAACAACUCUUUACCAGGUAAUUACUGUCCACUUAUAUGUUCUAUUAGAAAUAUUCUGUUAAUUAUAGUUUUCGUUUACAAGCUCAUCUAGUGCGGUGAUAGAAACGCUUUAAUAACUUCCAGAGGCCAAUCUAUUUGCUGUCUGUUUUCAGGUUAUAAUUCAAGUAAUGAGUUUUCGCUGGAUAAGAGUUUUCCAAUUACUACCACCAGUGGACAGGUAAAUAACGAAAAGAAUAACACUUAGUAUCAAUAUUUUUGCUAAACAACUAUUUUUAUAGUAAAAACUGCUUAUCCAAUUUAUCCUCAGCUUGAGUUUGUUUCCAUUAUUAGAGAGCUUAAGCAAGCCACGUUUUUGACAACACGUACGCCAACCGGAAGUCAAUGUUUAAAUCAUGGGAGUGAUGGCGACAACCGUUCUUGUUUGAAAUCACGAACGUGAAACUGUAGUGACUGUUUUGUUUUUGUUUUAAAUACUUUAUUGGGUAAAUAUAAUAAUUAUUUACAAAAGACGUACUAAUACUAUACAUGCGCAGAACAAAUGUUACCCAAAUGGAAGAGGUGCGAACGUAAAUAAUAUGCGCUAUCCAUGCAAGGCACCUUUCCAGCAGAAUACAUGUAAAUUUUGUAAAUACUAAUAACAAGUUUAUACAGCGAAACAAUUAACUCCUAUGACAAUGGCAGGCACGUAACAUAGACCAAGUACAUAACAAGUUUACAUCGAAUACGGUCGAUACUAAUAUAGAAUAAUGAUUAAAGAGGUAGUAUUUAAAUGUUUUGACACUAGAGAAUGUAUUUGGUGAAGCUACUUUACAAACACUGUUCCAUAAUUUCACGAUCCGGUUGAAAUAUGAGUUGUGGUAUGUUGUGGUAUUACACAAUGGAGACUGCCAUUCUUGAUUCAAGUAAUAACUACUGACGCCAUCACUCGCCAUCUAUAACGGCUCGAUUGACUUCCGCUUUGCAGAUGCUGUCAAAAACAUCGCUUGAUUGAGCUCUGUAUUAUUGUCAAGAGGUCUUUCUCGGUAAUUACAUGCUUUUGCAUUGAACGUUGACUGGGAGCUGUGCACAUCUAGUAAGCGUGUUUGUGUUCGUUGCCAUCCAACUCAUAUUUUCGGAGUACCCAUUCGCCUAGUUAUAACUAUUCUGAUAAUAUAAGGCGGACAGAAGGAACAAAUGUUACCAUAAAUUAACCUACAGCAUUUCCUAACCUAACGCUAAUUAACAGGGGUGGCGGAACAGCUGGAAUGAACAAAUGAACUUUUUUUUUCCAUUUUACAUUUGUGACAGCAUAUUUAGUUCUUCCACUCAAGAUUUUUUUUUGGAUUUAGACCCCCUGACCUCACUUCUACUUGGUUUCUGCAUGCCAAAUCAUCCCCCACAACGCAUUUUAUAAAAUGGCAUAUUUUUGAAACUCAAUUUUUCAAAGGGAGGAUCCCCCUUUCCCUAUCUGAAUCAAUCUUCCGCCACCAAAGCUUUUUGAACGUUGAAUAAUGAAAAUCACGAAACACUUGUCUCUUGUAGGUUAUUUACUUAUCCGAAGGCACGACAUAUCAACUUCAGGGCAGGGUAGCUGAAAACCCAGCUAGUACAAUUUUGUUAAGCCCUAAUCAAACACAGCAAUUUACAAUGCCUAAUUCUUAUGGUGCGAGAAAACCUACUGAAGACAACACAGCAAGUCGGCCAUUACAAACAGAGGUUAGCGAACUUGACACGUUAUCAACCACUGCAACAAACCUUGCAUCAAAAUUUAAAUUUUCCUACGACAACACAGCUUUAUCUGAAGACAUGAAAGCAUUUAUCGAGAUGUUUAAAAACAAACGUAUGACACUAGGCUACACUCAGGAGGAUGUUGGGGUUGAGUUAUCUCAGAGUAGCGGGCCUACCUACAGUCAGUCGUUUAUAUCUCGUUUUGAGUCGAAACAACUUGCUGCAAAGGCAUCAGAAAAAAUGCGCCCAAUACUUCAAGCUUGGUUAGAUGCUAAAGAUGUUGACCAAACCACAGGUCUUCGUCUUUGUAAGAAACGUCGUAGACGUACAUCUUUCACGAGUGAUUCUCUUGCUGUUUUGGUUGAAAAUUAUCAAAAGAAUCCUAAACCAAAUACAAGUGAGAUUGCUGAGAUUGCAGGGCAACUGAACAUUGAACCAGUGACGGUGAAAGUUUGGUUCUGUAACAGAAAGCAGAGUGAAAGACGACGUUCUCAAGGCAGAACGAAAACCAGUGAAACAUUGAAGUCGGAAUUGGAGGCACGCUCAGUAGGAAAAGAACAAGAGAAGUCAGGGGGAGAGCAGAUUGCUUCAUAUUCUCUAGAGCGGUUACAACCACUUAUUGCAGAACAAGCUGCUACACCUGUGACAGUCCUGGACAGUGACUCAUCACAUAUUGUACAGUAUCAGACAGGCGUUACCGUAACAACGCAUGACGACAACAAUGCAUCUCUAACCCAGAAUACUUCACAGCCGUACAGUUCUCAUGUGACCGUGAUGGACACAGACCCUAAUGUUGUGCAAUAUCAACCAGGCACAACACCCGAUGCUAACAGUACUGCGCUAAACCAGGCAACACCUUAUACCGCUCCUGUAGCUGUUAUGGAAACAGAAGUACCUACAUCAGACGCAGUACAGUCAACCCCAGUUGUGUAGUGACGAUAACACACACGUUAUACUCUAUUUUAAAACCUAUAUCCAUAUCAAGAACCACUUAUCUCGUACUGAUGCCCGUUUGGGGUCAACGCACAAACACGUCCAUGUCAAAUUAUUCUACAUGGUAGCAAUAACGUGUAAGGAUGAAACUACUUGUGACGUAGAAACCACGUAUGACGUAGAAACCACUUAAGGUGAAAUCUCUUAGGACGUGACAGUUAUAUGCUGCCGAAUUAAAACGUAUACCCUGGGAUUUUAAACUUAUGCGCAUAUAUAGAACAACUAGGUGCCCACGUGGGAUCAACCAACCGUUGGGUCGACCAUGUUAGAUAAUUUUAAUGAAUAUAAAACAAGGAAAAUCCAGAAAAGAGCUUGGGAACGUGGUUGCCAAGUAACGACAUAAGAAGGCUACUAUAAAGUAGAAAUUCCUUGCUGAAAUUUUAUGAAUUUAUGUCAGUGUUAUAAUAAUUUGGAAAUUUACAGUUUGAUCUGUGAAGACUGUUUUAUCCAUUGCUGACCAUUAGUCAGUUUUUUAAAAACAUGGAAAUAGUACAGACAUAUGUAUAUAGAUGGAACUACCACACGAUGGACGAGCCUUGGGACGACGUACCAUAUAUAUUGUAAUAAGUUUAGGAGGUUGAUAAUAUACUGUAUAAAUUGCAGUUAAACUAUAACAUGUAGCUGAGAUUGGAAGAUUAGAAUAUGCAUAUAUCAGAGUAUUGAGCUGGUCAAUCAUCAUUUGUGUUUCACUUAUAGCCACCACAGAAUUGCCCAUUCAACAAUUUUUGUACCAGCAUAUUUUGUCUUCUGUGUAAAGCAAGAUAAAGCAAGGUACAAUUAAGGGGAUAUCAAUUUUGUAAUUUAAAGCGAAUCUACCGUGCGGAAACUAAUUAUUCUUUUAGCAACUUUUUGCAUAUUCCGAAAUGAUGAUUGAACAGUUCAAUUCUUUGAAAUGCAUAUUCUAAUUCUUGCAGUUUCACCAAAUGUUAUAGUUCAACUGCAACUUAUCCCGACCCAGAGAUUCGAGCAUGAAGGAUUAGACGGAUUAAAUGAGAGUGAAUUUUGAGUAACAUUGUGCAUGUUUUCAAACGGGUAUUAAAAACUGGUUCACUCAUUUUUUCGGCCGGUUUUUUGUUUUUUAUGACAACCGCGUCACCCAACGCAAAAAUUGUAGAACUUUCUUUACCAUGUUUCUGAUAUCGUUCAUGCAAUGCCAAUAUUGAGUAACCACUCUUGCAAGUCAAUUAAUUACACUAAGCGCAAAGGCGAUGCAGUGCCUGAAGCUUGACCAGGUGAUUUGGUUGUAGACUGACUAAAGCCCCGUUUACACUACGCUCAAUUUUUGGUACGGUACGGAUAAAACAAGCCGGUUUUCCACUUCGCCCGUAUCGUAGCGAAACGUACUGGUGAGCAUGCGCAGAUUGAAAAGAGGUUUAUAAAUCCACGUACUUCCGGGCGUAUUCGCGUAUCAAAAUAAAAAGUUCGUCGCAAGUCAACUUUCUGGCGUACUACGGAAGUACUAAAAUUUUGAAAUUUAAGAACGUUUUUGAUACGUUUCGGUACGGUACGCUUGAAGUGGAAAACCGGCUUUAAAGAGCCAUAAGUAAAACAUAAGUGAUAAGACCCAAAUUGUGUAUUUGCUCAAUUGUAGAGCUCUGGCGCCCUUGCUGGUAACUCGUAUGUCAUCGACUCUAGUCUGCACUUCAAUAAUAUUUUUAAAUACAGUUAUAUAUUAUAUGGAGGUAUAUAUUAAAAAUGAAAGAUUUUUAUAUACACUCGUUUUGUCGUUGCUUGGAUCAAUCAAUGGUUGGG